GCGGCGGCGCCGGGCCAAGAUGGCGGCGGGGAGCGGCCCCGGGGCUCGGGAGCUCUUUGCUGAGGGGCUCCUGCAGUUCCUGAGGCCCGCGGUGCGACAGCUCGACCGCCACGUCCACAGCGUCAGGGAGAGCCAGGUGGAGCUGCGGGAGCACAUCGACAGCCUGGCCACAGAGCUUUGCCGCAUCAACGAGGACCAAAAAGUGGCGCUGGACCUCGACCCCUACGUGAAGAAGCUGCUGAACGCCCGGCGCCGCGUGGUGCUGGUCAACAACAUCCUGCAGAACGCCCAGGAGCGGCUGCGGAGGCUGAACCACAGCGUGGCCAAGGAGACCGUGAGGAGGAGGGCGAUGCUGGAGGCCGGGGGCUACCAGGGCAAGUGACCGAGUGGCCAAGUGACCGGCCAGGGGAGCUGCUGACCGGCCAGGGGAGCAGGAAUCCCUGUUUAACCGGGAGGCUCCGAGCCGCGUUCCCGGAUUUGUGGGCGCUGGAAUAAAAGCGACUGAGGAGAGUCUGCGAUGCUCCCACGUCCCUGAGGGGCCUUGGGGAUAAAAGAGCCAGGCAAGUGCUGCCAGGGAGGGGUCUGGGCACCUCCAGGUUGGAUUUGGACAGUCCCAGGUGGAAUUUGGGAUGCCCAGGUUGGAUUUGGACAACCCCAGAUGGAAUCUAGGAGGCCCAAGUGGGAUUUGGGCUGCCCCAAGCAGGGUCCGGGCAGCCCCCAGGUGGCUCCUUCCAAGCCUUGGAUCUUUCCCCUGUUGCUCCACCUGCCUCAUUCCCAUCUCUCCCACAUGGAUCUGAACAAGCAGGACACGCUGGAAAGGGUGAACACUU